AUGACUGUUAUGCCCCCUAAUGAGUUCUCUUUGCCGUCUGCUGCUCUUUUUCUUCCACUCCCACUAAAACGCUUAGGGAGUCUGACUUCAGAUGAAGAUAUAGAAUUGGAUUCUGGGGAGGAGUCCCUGGAGUAUUCUUCUCAGAUCCAAUCGGGUGAAAAGGGAAGCACAGGAAAGGCUGGCCUGCCUGGAAUCCCGGGACUGAAGGGAGAAAGAGGUGAAGCAAGCAAUGCAUCAUGUGCCUGCAAGGGAGAACCAGGAAUACCAGGUCCUCAAGGUCCUCCAGGGUCAAAGGGAGAAGGUGGGCCAGCAGGUUUGCCAGGACAAGCUGGACAGAAGGGUGAGCAUGGACCCCCAGGACCUGAAGGACCACCUGGUGCACGGGGUGAGCCUGGGCCUCCAGGACCUGAAGGACCCCCAGGACCAAGGGGUUCGAUUGGCCCCAAGGGGGACUGGGGAAAGACAGAAGUAGUCGAUUAUCAAGGUAGCAUCAAUGAGGCACUACAGGAAAUCCGAACACUCGCCUUGAGAGGACCUCCAGGGCCUCCAGGAUUGCCUGGCAAGAAGGGUGAAAUUGGGCUACCUGGUCUGCCUGGAUUGGAUGGUGAAAAGGGUCCACGAGGUAAACCAGGAGAUCCCGGGGUUCUUGGACCCAGAGGGCCACCAGGAAGAGAUGGCAGUGCUGGGCAGAAAGGCGAGAAUGGGCGCAUGGGUUUACCUGGACAAAAAGGGGACAAAGGAGAACCUGGUGUCUCUGGUCCACAAGGGCUUGAUGGACCAACAGGUGAGAAAGGUGAGAGAGGUAACAUAGGAGAACCAGGAGCACCUGGAUUACCUGGCCCAAUUGGACUGCCUGGGCUUACAGGGGACAAGGGUGAGCCUGGUAGCCAGGGAGAAAAGGGAGACAGAGGAGACAUGGGGCCUCCAGGUGUUUCAGGGCCAAAGGGAGAACCUGGUGUUAUGGGCAUGAGGGGAAUGAAAGGAGACCAGGGACAUAAAGGAGACAGGGGGCCUCUCGGACUGCCGGGUGAUAAGGGGGACCCUGGAAUAAUAGGACCAACUGGGCCAACCGGAACUCCUGGUUUACAAGGACCACCUGGUGAAAAAGGAACUCGGGUAAGAGUCUGA